CGAUCGAUCCAGCAAAGAUCCUUUUGCUCCGUCACGCAUCACGCAUCACGCAUCAUGCAUCUUGCAUCUUGCAUCAUGCACGUGGUUUCCCAAGUGUACUGCACGGAAAAGCUUCUUUUUCUCGCAUAGCGCCGUGUAUCGGAUUCUUCGUCAUCUUCUAUGGCACAGAUUCCCGCCCACGGACCCACCAACUACCAACAUCUAUCGAUCGAACGAAAGACAGCAGCCCCAAUGCCGAGGUUCCGAUUCCGAUUCCUCUCGCUCUUGCUUGUUUUCCUGACGCCAGGGACAUUCGCCUUUGUCGAACUCCCCCCAUUGGCGGUACGGCACGGCAUUCAUCCCAAUCCCUGCUUUGCCACUAUCAACAAAGACGAAGGAGAGGCCUUCCUUCCCGGGGUAUCGUGCUCCGGGGAGAGGAUUGCCGUUGUGGGAGCCACCGGAUACAUCGGGAAAGCUGUGGUCCGGGAAUCGAUCCGGAGGGGAUACCCCACCACGGCGGUGGUCCGCCCGGGCUCGAACUUUGAUGCAGCUUCGUUGAUGGGCAAUGUCAGUGCCAAUGUCAAUGACAAUGACAAUGACAAUGCCAGUGUCAGCAACCAGCAACCAACGAACAAAGUCUUCGUAUCAUCCUCCCACGGCGCGGGAGAAGUGGAGCUUUCGCCGCCGCCGCCGCUCACCGUGCACCGGUUCGACGUUUCGAAAAUGGAACCGCCGUCCCCCGAAGCUCCGCUCGGAGCCCGGGAAGACUCCCCCGUCCUCUUCGAGCCGGGAUCGGUCGACGUCGUCGUCUGCUGCCUGGCCUCGCGGAACGGGACCCCCCGGGAAUCCUUCGCCGUCGACUACCUGGCCAGCCUCCGUGCCGCGGAGGCCGCGAGGGCCGCCGGAGCCCGGCGGUUCGUCCUGCUGAGUGCCUACUGCGUCAAGAGCGCCGAGCGGGAGGAACCCCACGCGCUACAAUUCCAGUACGCCAAGAAGAAGCUGGAGGACGCGCUGGCGGAAAUGGCGGAAGAGAGCAACGGUGCCUUUAGCUACGUUGCCGUCCGGCCGACGGCCUUUUUCAAGUCCGUUUCGGGCCAGCUGGAAGCCGUCCGGGCCGGUGGUCCCUUUGUCCUCUUCGACCUGGGGGCCGGAGCAACGGCGGCCUGCAACCCCAUAAGCGAGUCCGACCUGGCGUCGGCUCUGAUCGACCAGGUCUUGGACAACACCCACGCCAACACCCACUGGAACCUUGGCGGGCCGGACUCUCCCGGGCUCGACAAGCUGGGCCAGAUGGAGUCGAUGGUUGGGGCCCUCGGCCUGGACCGGCCGCCGGUUCUCGUGUACGUCCCGAUCGGGGUGCUGCACUUCUUGGUCGGAACCUUCCAGUGGCUGGCCGACGCCUUUCGGUCCGACAAGCUGGCCGAUGCCGCAGAGCUAGCACGGAUCGUCCGCUACUACGCCAUGGAAGACGUAAGUCGAGCGCCACCGAACGAAUCGAACGGGACUGGCAAUGGCACAAUACCAUUGCCGCGGCGCUGUGCUUGUGCAGCCGAAUGCCCCUUCUUUGUUUUGCAGUGUCUUCUCGACACUCACAGAUAUACUCUUGUUUUCUGCCUUUCGGUUUUCGUUAUGUCCUACCCCAUCGAUCAAUGCUCGGAUGUGGAACAAACAAAACGCGUCAACAACACAAAUAAUAUACCUAUACCUAUAUUUUCACAAACACACGUGCACGUGCACAUGCACAUGCACACACAGAUGCUAACUACGUCCCCCGACGAACGCUACGGAGAAAUGACCACGCAACAGCACUACGAAAACAUCGCCAAGAACGGACAGGAAUACGAUCCCUACACGUCGGCCUAUGGAAUACUCAAGGACCGGGAACGCAUCCUGGAGGAGAGCAGCAAGGCCGUAGCUGCCUCUGCCGCGGGUAUGGCGAACUAGCGCCGAGACCGGCGGAAACGACGAUCACGCCGCGGCAAUGAAAGUCCGGCAACGACGGGCAACUGUGUAUCCUCGCACUACACAACCAGCAACGCAUCGAUUCGAAGAAAUGUCCCGUCAUCGACCAUGGCCAUGAGCCUUUCAGAACGAUGAUCGUGGAUUGAUGACACAUUCCGGCCUGACCUUGUCCCAUAUUACCUAAAUGAUACGCUAAACAGAAGGCAAAACGAAACCUCGUAAUCCCUUUUGAAGAUAAUCACAUAAUAACGAAGAAAAGUUUUU